GCACCUGCGCGAGUUGGGGUAAGGAGGAGGGGCGAGGUGACGCAGGCGUAAUAAUAGAGAAGGUGCCAGAAAGAUCCAAAACAAGUGGCUGCGCCCGUCGCCCAGGAGUCAUCAGACGCCGGAAUCCGGUUCUAGGCCCUGCUCCUGAGCUUGUUCCGCCCCCCUCCCCCGGGUAUGGCGCUGUCCGGGUCGACCCCGGCCCCGAGCUGGGAGGAGGAUGAGUGCCUGGACUACUACGGGAUGCUGUCACUUCACCGUAUGUUUGAGGUGGUGGGCGGGCAGCUGACCGAGUGCGAGCUGGAGCUGCUGGCCUUCCUGCUGGACGAGGCCCCCGGCGCUGCCGGCGGCCUGGCCCGCGCCCGCAGCGGCUUGGAGCUGCUGCUGGAGCUGGAGCGCCGCGGGCAAUGCGACGAGAGCAACCUGCGGCUGCUGGGGCAACUCCUGCGCGUGCUGGCCCGCCACGACUUGCUGCCGCACCUGACGCGCAAUCGGCGUCGGCCAGUGUCUCCAGAACGCUACAAUUAUGGCACCUCUAGCUCUUCAAAGAGGACAGAGGCCGGUUGCCGUCGCCGUCGGCAGUCAAGCAGUUCUUCAAAUGCUCAGCAGGGUCAGUGGGAGACAGGCUCCCCGCCGACCAAGCGGCAGCGCCGGAGUCGGGGCCGUCCCAGUGGUGGUGCCAGACGGCGGCGGAGAGGGGGCCCAGCCGCCCCCCAGCAGCAGCAGGAGCCAGCCAGGCCUGCCUCAGAAGGCAAAGUGACCUGUGACAUCCGGCUCAGGGUGCGAGCAGAGUACUGCGAACAUGGUCCCGCCCUGGAGCAGGGCGUGGCAUCCCGGAGGCCCCAGGCGCUGGCACGGCAGCUGGACGUGUUUGGGCAGGCCACAGCAGUGCUGCGCUCUCGGGACCUGGGCUCCGUGGUGUGUGACAUCAAGUUCUCAGAGCUCUCGUAUCUGGACGCCUUCUGGGGCGACUACCUGAGUGGUGCCCUGCUGCAGGCCCUUCGGGGUGUGUUCCUGACUGAGGCCCUUCGUGAGGCCGUGGGCCGGGAGGCUGUCCGCCUGCUGGUCAGUGUGGAUGAGGCCGACUAUGAGGCUGGCCGGCGCCGCCUGCUGCUGAUGGAGGAGGAGGGGGGACGGCGCCCUACUGAGGCCUCCUGAUCCUGGAUCUGGCAAGACUGACCCCAUCUUCUAGUCUCUGGGCCACCUUCUCCCCCAGAGGAUGACCAUCUCUUCCCCUAGAGGACUGUCACUCCAGCAACUGUGAGGACUGUGGACAGACGGCCAGGCCCACUGACAGCCUGGCCCCUUGACAGCCCCUCCCACAGGAUGUGGACUCUGAGGCCUAAACCACUUCCAGCUGAGUUUCCUCCCCUGCCCCCCCCCCCCCAAUCCUCCCCAUCUCCACUCCCAGGUGUGAUCCCUUAGCUUCAGGAGGCCAGGGUCUCAGGCAUGCAGAUCCCAAAGGGAGGGAGGCAUAGCCACACACUCACCAAAGGCCCCCUGCACAUCACGUCCCCAACCCUGGGCUGUGUGCACACACACACACUGCUCCUCUGAAAUCUUGCCCUGGGCUCUUGCCCUGGCCUGUCUCACACACUUCUUUGGCCUAAGGGCUUCUCUCUCAGGAUCUCUGAUUUUACCGCCCGCAACCCUGGGCUUCAGCCACACUGGGCACUGGAGCUGGGGUGCACACAGGGCCUGCUCACCUUGCCCACACAUUUCUGCAGCCAGCCAGGGCUCUGCCCAGCUUCCACACACUGAACCUGGCUCUCCACCUCCUCCUGCUCCCCAGAGCUGGACGCAGACUUGCACAUGGACCUGCCCCCACGGUGUCAGACUUGUGUUGCAGCAGCAUUAGACCAAGUAUGCUGUUGCCUGUGAGGCCAGGACCAGAAACCAGCUGCCUUCUCAGAAAGGGAAGGCAAAGGCGUGGGGCUGAUGGGAAAGGCCUUUUACAAAUAACACCAAUAAAACUGCCCUGGAAGGGGCAUAGGUGGGCAUCAAGGCUCCUUAGGACUCUUUCUUUAUGGGCUGGAGGAAGGAGCUGGUGAGAGCCUGGGCCGAGUACCAGUCGUCGAGUUCCUGGCCCAGUAUUUUGGGCUGGAGGGUGGGUAGGAUGCUGGAUCACCACCUGCCAGCUGCUGUCACAGGCUUGCCCUCCUCUCUGGGCCUCAGUUUCCUCAUCUAGCAAAGGAGGAAAUACUGCCUUGGAAUCAUAAACUCGCCCAACCCUAUUUG